ACAAGUUAAGAAGGAAACAAGCCAACAUGACCCUCUCCUCCUCCUCCUCCUCCUCCUCCUCCUCCUCCUCCUUCUCCUCCCCCUCCUUUCCUUCCUGCUCCUUCUUCUUGCGCUUCUUCCUGCUGCUCCUGGCCACGGCGGCGGCGGGGGAGGCCAUGCCGGAGCUGCUGGGGGGCCACGCUCAGAGUUACGGGCCCCCGCAGAACAACUUCGCGGCCCCGGCACCUGCCCCAGCCCCGCCUGCCUUCCGCCCUAUACCGGGUCCAUCAAGACCACAGCAGAGCCCCAACAACUUCUUUCCCGCGGUGAACGAACUCCCUCAAGCCCCAAGGGUACCGUCAGGACUCUACGACACGCCUUCCUUCGACGACUCCUUCAACGAUCCCGUGGCCACGUGUAGUCCGCAGACCUCAGUGUCCGUGCUUACUUCGACUAGGUUUGUUCCUACGACGGUGGUUCAGACACGUACCCGCGCCCUGCCUACUACUGUGUACUCGCAGGUGACGCAGACGCAGUACUACCCAUCCACGGUGAUACAGCAGCAGGUGGUGACGUCCGUGGCGCCCCCUGUCAUUCAAACCCAGACCGAGGUGGUAAACAACGUGCAGUACGUCACAAGGGCCAGGUACUUCACCGUCACCUCCUACAUCACUGACACGCGCCUCCAGUACGUGACGCAGACGCAGACACAGACGCAGUUCCAAACCCAGUUCCAGACCACCACACAAUUCCAAACACAAUUCCAAACACAAUUCCAAACCGUCACCUCUACCCAAUUCCAGACGCAGUUCCAGACACAGUUCCAGACGCAAUUCCAGACAGUCACUAGUACACAGUUCCAGACCCAAUUCCAGACGCAGUUCCAGACAGUUACCAGCACACAGUUCCAGACGCAGUUCCAGACGCAAUUCCAGACACAGUUCCAGACCGUUACCAGCACACAAUUCCAGACGCAGUUCCAGACCCAGUUCCAGACCCAGUUCCAGACGCAAUUCCAGACUGUCACCACUACGCAAUUCCAGACGCAGUUCCAGACGCAGUUCCAGACUCAGUUCCAGACCACCACGCAAUUCCAGACGCAGGUACGCACGGAGACUCGCUUCAGCACACAGGUACAAUACAUCACCCAGACACAGCAGGUCCCCCAGUACGUCACCCAAACGCAAUUCGUUACCCAGACUCAGUUCGUGACGCAGGGGCAGCCUCAGGUCGUCACGCAGACCGUCACCACGACCCGCGUGCAGCAGCAGGUGGUGACGCAGACCCAACAAGUGCCCCAGUACGUGACGCAGACGCAGCAGGGGCAGGUACAGUACGUGACGCAAACUGUGACAUCAACGCGCAUCCAGCCUCAGUACGUGACGCAAACUGUGACGUCCACGAGGGUACAAGCGCAGUAUGUCACGCAAACGCAGCAGGUUCCUUCUUACGUGACGCAGACGAAGACGGUGCAAGGGAACUGUGGCGCGCAGUCCUUCCCGGCAACCGCCACAAUGAUGGCUGGGUACUACUGAUCGCUGCAACCUCUCAUUCAUUAAUUCAGUCAGUCAGUCAGAGGUUUCAGUCCAGUUCUUCAUCUGUAAUAUCCACCAAAGAGCUUUCAUUAAACUGCCUGUCAACAAAAUGUCAGUGUACAAGGAAAAGUUUCAGCUUCCCAGUCAGUCAGUUAGUCAGUCAGUCAGUUCAUAUUCUCAGUAAUCUUCACCGUAGUGCUUUAAUGGUACUGUCAGUCAAGAGAGGAAUGUAUUUUUUUAGUUCUUUCAGUUAGUCAGUCCGUCAGUCAGUCGGUCCGUCAGUCAGUUAUGAAUACGACUAAUGAGAGAAAGGGAAUUGUGGGAUGACUUUCCACUUCUUCCUGUCAUCUUUUCAUCAGGCAUUCUUUCAUCCCCUCCCUCCUCCCUCCCUCCCUCCUCCAGUCUCCUCCUAACAUCCUAUACCCUUUCUUGCGUUCCUGUAUCCUCUCCCAUCCACGUCCAUCCUUUUAAACCCUCCUAACCACAUCCUACGCAGAUCCUUCGCUCCUUCAUUCUCAUCCCUUCCUUCCUAAACCAUUAACUUUAUGUUCCCUUCCUAUCUAUCUCUCUUCAUUUCCUCAUCCUCUCUCGUCCCUUUCUUCUUCAUUCCUUCGUUCCUUUAUUAUCAUUCCCUUCCUUCCUACUCCGUUCAUAUUUCCUUCCUGUCUAUUUUUCUUCAAUUUCUUCAACCUCCCUCGUCCUUCCCUCCUUCACUCUCUCCCGUCCCUCCCUCCUUCACCCUCUCUCGUCCCUUCCCCCCUUCUUCCCUUCAUCCCUUCACCUCUCACCACUGUAGGAGGUCACAGUGAAGGGCGUCCUGAAGGAGUUUAGUGAAGGGAGCACCCGAGACACACCCCGCCGUAAGGAAGAUGUUAGUUAUUGUUUCUAAAAAUGUUCCCAGUCUCUCCAGCAGGUUAAAAAAUAAAUAAAGGUUGAUGGAGAUGGAAAAAAAAUAAAGGAAUCUCUCUCUCUCUCUCUCUCUCUCUCUCUCUCUCUCUCUCCUGACUGAAUGCUUUACAAUCACAAAUUAAUCCCUAAAAUAAGCUUAAAAAUUCUGUUUAACUAUUUUUUUAAUCACUGUAUAUUUUUCUAGUAUUGUUAAUAUGUACGUAAGUUAAGGUUACGCUAUUCUCGUUGUUGAUAUUAUCGUGUGGCGUUCCUGAGGGUGAGAGUUUUGUCCCCCCCAGUGUUUAUAUAUCACAUGGAGCCUCUAUACCUGCACUCAAUGACAGGUGUGUGACAGGUGUGCGUUCCGUCCUAUACACCAGGUGGGUGAGGUGCUAAUUGCCUCACCUGGCGUAUGGUAGUUAGUACACAAAUAUAUUACAAAGGCUUUUUAUUAAUG